CUGCUGCAGAGUGCGAAAGUUCAUUCACUCCGGAACCUGCAUAAUCGCUAGCUCGGCUUGGCUUGCAUUUCGCGCGUCAGAUGGAUCGGACUGUGGCUUUCUUGCUAAGAGAGACUUGAAUAAUAAUUCAAAAAUUUAGGAUUGCUUGCGGAGCAAAUGGGAGAAAAAUAUGCUCGCAUGAGCAAAGUCUGAAGGGAUUCCACAAUCGAAACGAGGACUGGAGUUGUUGGCAGUAUACAGAACAGACUGCCGCCCAUCACGAGAGGGGAAAAAAAAAGACCAGUGACGAUAAUUGAGAUUAAAAGCCGUCAACAACCGCACCCUCUUUGUUUUAUGAUCAACACUGACCACUGUUGAUCCCAAUUGCCAAAGAAAGACAAAACUCUUCAUUCACUUUGCUUAGUAUAUCAAUCCAAGCGAUCACGGGUUCGGCAAAAAAACAGGCAUUUUUAACUAUGCAUUGAGUUUGAAAAGGCAACAGGCUCCAGAAUACUGUUUCGCUUUGCCUUGAUGCCAAGUCCAAUAUGGAUAACCCAUAUCCCGAAGAAGCGCUGCUUGACAACCACCAGCUCAUACACCAAGAUGAGCAGCUUGGUCAAACUGUUUUUACAAGAGAAGACUUUGAAUAUGCGCUGAGAGAUUUUCAAGAGAUGUCUGGAGGAGAGGACGGGGGUGCCGUCUCUGAGGUAUCAGAUGCAGACUCAGUGUAUCUCGGAGUCCAAGAGCAGAUCAACCGGGCCCAGGCAGACAGGACUGCGUUUCUUGACGCCUUCCAAAAUCCCCAAGAAGACGACGACGAAGACAUUUAUGAUGGCCUUCCAACAAAACCUCCCCCGCGUAAAAAGGUCAAGAGGGGACCCGUGGUGAGGAAAGGACCACCAAUCAAGAAAGCGCCUCGCAAGGCCAAAGAAUUGCCCACCGAGAUCAAGGUGCUUGUCGAUGCCGCGACCAAUGCCUUCAUAGCCAAUCGAUACGAUGAGGCUCUACAGGCCGCAAGGGAAACUAUCCGCCUCAAUGCGGAAGUGGCUCCAGCCUGGGGCAUCCUGGCUGCCGUGUAUGAGGAGAGAGAAGACUGGCGGCACGCGCUCGAGGCAAAACGUAUCCAGGCCUCACUCACCAAGGGCGACACACAGCUUUGGCUUGGUACUGCAGACUUGGCUUUGCACAUGGUAGAUGGCGCCUAUCAGGAUUCACCCGAGGAAAUCGACAAGACUUUGAAAGUAGCUAUGGACUGCUACAGGAGCGUAUUACAGAUCGACAAGACAAACCCCGUUGCUCGCCUGGGCAAAGCCGACAUCCUCGCGGACUUGGGACAGUCCAGCAAGGCCGUUGCUGCUUAUCUCGACUACCUCAAACAGAAACCUUAUAAUCUUCGUGUCGUUCGCAGCCUGGCCGAGCACGCGUACAAUGCAAGACGGGCAAAGGAGGCAAUCGAAGCUACUGUACUGGCAUACGAAGCUUGCAUUCAGCAUUUCAAAUCGGGGCAGACCCUGGAUGACGAUCAAGUCCUCGACUGGAUCGACGUCCGCAUUUUCAUAGAGCUCCUUGCUUCCCUGGAGAAGUACGAUGAAGCCGCAAAAUGGCUCAAGACUCUGGUGAGGUGGCUGGUAGGCCGCAACGACGACCUUCUCUGGGACCAGUGCCAGGAUGACCGUGAGUGGGACUUGGAUGAUACUCGAAGGUUGGAAAUGGAAGGUUUCAAUCAAGGCGAGUUCCUGCCCCAAAGCUAUGGCCAUGGCCUGCCCCUCGAGCUCAGGGGCAAGCUUGCCGUCUAUCGGUUUAGGACAGACAUGGAAGACGAAGCAAUGAGACAUCUCAGGCAACUCGACCCGGAAGAUGCAGACAUAAGGGGGAAGCUACAAUUCACCCCUGAGAUUGCCAAAGAGGUUGCAGAUCAGCUGUGCGAAAGCGGGAAGCCCGAGCGCGCCAUUCUAUACUAUGACCUAUAUCGGGACCUGGUAGGCGAGGCAUUGGAUGCCGAAUAUUACGUCAAGCGAGCCAAGUGCCACGUGCAACUGGCAGAUGGGCCAGCGGCCGAGGAUUGCUUCAUCUACGCGCUUGAAGUAGACGAAGAUAACAUCGAGGCACGUUACGAGCUGGCAAAGAUGUACGAGGAGGCACAGGAACGAGACGAAGCCUUCAGGCUGGUGGGCGAAGCCCUGAGCCUGGAAGCUGGGCAGAGUGUCUACGAUGGUCUCACGCACCGCUACGUCGUGGACAGGGGUAAGAUUGUAUCCAAGCCCAAAAAGUACAGAACAGGCGCCACCAAGCGAGCCCCAACCACCAAGGCCAAAUACAGACCGCGAAGACUUAUCGGCGGUGGCAGUGGCGAGUCGGCACGCAAGAAGUUUGAGGAUGAGGUCACGGCACGCCUUCGGGAAAGGUACACCGAGUGUCAACGGCUCAAGGCGCAGAUGGACGCGAAUGUGGCUGCAAGUGGCGGGCAUGACACAAAUGACCCAGUGGUUGCCGAAUGGAUGUCGGCUGCCAAGGAGUUGGUGGACGACUUCAGGUCUUUCAGGGAGUUCUACUCAUGGGAGCGAUACGUCUCCUCUCUCGGCUACGGGAAUUUCUUCAAGGCCGAGGCAUCUGCAGACGGAAAUACUGGCGAUGAGAGGUCUAGGUCUAUUGCCAAAAUGGCGAAAAGACUACACAACACCCUCGCCCCCGUCGAGACCGAAGGCGAAGAAGCCGUACCGCAAAAGAUCGAGCGCCAAGAGCAUCGCGGCAUCCCAUUCAACGACUGGCUUGACCUCUUCCUCGAAUACGCCAUCUCGCUGGCCCGGCAGCAACGGAUCGGCGAGGCGUACGCCGUGUGCCAAUCAGCGCGAGAUUCGAUCGUCUACGGUAAGGCCAAGGACAGCCUGAUGCUGAUACACCUGGCCUGGGCGUCGUGCGCCGUCCAGGCCGGCGACGAGGAGACGUGCGUCGCUAUCGCGCGAUACUUUAUGAUCCACAACCCCUUCGUCACCGACGGCUACAAGAUGUUUGCCGCCCUCACCCGCGUCUGCCAGACCUCGCCCACCUGGUACCAGUCCGGCCCGUCGCAAAAGUUCAUGCUCCGCCAGAUUCGCCAGAUGGACGAGAUCCUGGCCGCCAAGGCCAAGGAGGAAGAGGACGGGUUCGGCGCGGCAAGCAACCAAGGCUCGCAACCACCUGGCCCCUCGGCAGAAACGCAGAUGGUCCCUGCCACAGCCGCCGCCGCGCAACCGGGCCCCACAGGCGUCGACGCGGUCCUGCUCGUCCUGUACGGGUGCAUCCUGUUCGCGUCGACGAGCUACCAGUACGCGUUGGCCUACUUUCUGCGCGCGCGGACCGUCGACCCGGACAACCCGGCCAUCAACCUUGUCAUAGGCCUGGCCUACAUCCACUGGGCGCUCAAGCGGCAAUCGCACAACCGCCAGUACACGCUAAUGCAGGGCUUCUCAUACAUCUUCAAAUACUACGAGGACAGAACGCGCGGGGCCGCCGCGCCAGAGGAGCGCCAGGAGGCGCACUACAACGUUGCGCGCACCUACCAUCUGCUGGGCAUCCACGACCUCGCCCUCGAGUACUAUCACAAGGUUCUGGUCGAAGCCAGAGCCGCCAGGACGGAGGUGCUGCGAGGCAAGGACGUUUCCGUUAGGCGUCGGGAGGAUCUCAGUCUAGAGUCUGCCAUGAACAUUCGGACGUACUGUCUGAGCACAGGGGAUUUGGAAGGUGCCAGAGCUGUUACUGAUGAAUGGUUGGUUUUGGAGUAGACCAAAGGGAUUGUUAGCAUGCAACGUAGGCAGCCCCGCAACCACGAUUGCUUUCAAGAAACCCCAAACCUAACGACUGCCAAGUUUCUAUUAUAACACUAUUAUCUUAUGUCUAAUGCUACAUGAUUAGGUAUACAGUAGCCAAAGACCGAGACCUAAUAGGAUGAUCACAUAUUGAGCAAAUAAAUACAAGUCAAAAACACCAGGGGCCUAGAGCAAAAAGAGGAAAGCAAAAAAAUGAGCGGGUCAAGGUGAUAAUAUGCACACACUCGAGAAAUAAAAUGAUAUAUCCU